AAAACGUUUUAAAAAAACAAUUAAACUAAACUAAAUUUUACAUUUAAUAAAGUUCACUCAAACGUUUUAUUUUGGUUAAUGCUUCAGAACAUUAUUUAAAAUGUCAGUUCGAGAACUGCUAGAAGGCGAAUGUGGGGCUGAAAAUUCUCUCGUAAGAUUGGGUGGUCAUGCCGCUAGAGACACUGCCUUUAAAGAUGAGGGAUUUAGCAGAGCACAAAAUGCUUCUGCAGGUUUUCGACCAGAGCCUGGGGUCUUAAAUGAACAACAGUUAGUUAAUGAGUUCUUUAGAGAGUUUUCAGGACCUCCACAGACAUUCAAUAUGAAAGAUCUCCUUAAUGAAAUAAGACAAGUUGAACCUCAUCCAGUUGUACAACCAAAUGAAAUUUGGAGUACUGAAUUUGUAACACACAAUCCCCCUCCUAUGCAGCAGGAUCUUGCAUUGCAAUCAGUUUGGAAUGAUAUUCGAGAAGAAAGUGCAAAAAAUGCUAUAUACCCCAGUCCGUGGGUUAAUGAUUUUAUUCAAGGGCAAGACAUGACUCAAUCAAAUUCCAAGGAGUUUGAUGAUUCCAAAGCAGCAAGGGAAUCUGCAAAUGCCUUAAUAAACUCUAUUGACAAUAAAGGUUUUUUUUCAGAAUCAGAGUUCAUGCAAUUUAUGAAUCGAGUUGGGUCUGGUCAAACUAUUAUAAGAAAUCAGCAAGUAAUUGACAAUGGACCUACUGACUGGGCAGCUGAGUUUGCAAAACAUGCAAAAGAAGAAAAUACUUUGGAUAAUGUAGCAGAUUGGGCGAAAGAAUUUGAAGAAACUCAACCACAAGCAGAUGCAUUGGCUGAAGAAUUUAAUACCAAAUACUGGAACAAACUACAAGAAGAAUGGAAAAAUAUAUCAGCGGCAGACCAUCCUUGGAUAUCAGAGUUUUCCGAUUAUUUUGAACCUUAUAAAGAGUAUAAAUUUUCUGAAGACAACCCUAUGAAAGAAAUUCCAAAUCCCUUAGAAUUAGGUAAAAGUUAUCUAGAAAGGGGUAUGGUGCCAAAUGCAGUACUUUGUUUUGAAGCUGCUGCCUUUAAAGAGCCAGAUAAUGCAGAGGCAUGGCUACUUCUAGGCAAAACUCAAGCAGAUAAUGAACAGGAUUCGCAAGCCAUUGCUGCCUUACGCAAAUGCUUGACCAUCACACCUGGUGAUUUGACUGCCUUGAUGUCUUUAGCAGUUUCAUAUACUAAUGAAAGUUAUCAAUCACAAGCAUGUAAUAGUUUAAUUCAAUGGAUGAAACAUCAUCCUGAAUAUCAUGAUUUAGUGCCAGCAAAUAUGGCCACAGAUAAUUGGGCAACAUCUUUUGUAAAUUAUAAUCAACAGCAAGAAGUUCAAGAAUUGUUUCUCCGUGCAGUGCAACGAACACCCAAUAAAAUUGAUCCUGAUGUCCAAGGUGCACUUGGAGUGUUGUUCAAUUUAUCUCAGGAAUAUGAUAAAGCUGCUGAAUGUUUUAAUACAGCAUUGCAGGUGAAGCCAAAUGACUUUAUACUAUGGAAUAGGCUAGGAGCAACUUUAGCAAAUGGUAAUCGAUCAGAAGAAGCUGUUGAUGCCUAUCAUCGUGCUUUAGAAUUACAACCUGGAUUUAUUAGAGCUAGGUACAAUGUCGGAAUCACAUGUAUAAAUCUCAAUGCAUACAAAGAAGCAGCUGAGCAUUUAUUGAUUGCCUUGAAUCUUCAAGCUAAAACAAAUCAGGACCCGGAUAUAAAUAGUAGUCUAAGUGCAUCAGCAAUUAAAAGUAAUAGUCAAAUGUCUGAAACAAUUUGGAGUACUUUAAGAAUGGUGUGCAGUUUAAAUGAAAGACGAGACUUGAGACCUGCUAUUGAAGCAAGGGAUUUAAAAGCACUUAAUGAGGCAUUCAAUAUGGAGUGA